AUGUCUUCAAAGGACAACGGCUCAGAGGUGACCGAGUUCGUCCUACUGGGCUUCUCGGGCUCCCCAGGGCUGCACCUGGGCCUGCUGGUGUUGUUUCUGCUGAUCUACAUGCUGACUGUCACGGAGAACGUGCUCAUCGUGACGGUGAUCCGCACCAGCUCCCUGCUGCACAAACCCAUGUACCUCUUCCUCAGCCACCUGUCCUUCCUGGAGGGCUGGUACAUCUCUGUCACUGUGCCCAAGAUGCUGCUCAUCCUGGCGGCCCCCAAGUUCCAACACAUCUCCUUCACUGGUUGCAUGGCCCAGCUGUACUUCUUCCUGGCCCUGGCCUGUACUGAGUGUGUUCUGCUGGGCAUCAUGGCAUAUGACCGCUAUGUGGCCAUCUGUAGCCCCCUGCGCUACCCCACCAUCAUGCGCCCGGGGAUCUGCAGCCUACUGGCUGCCAGCUCCUGGCUCUCAGGCUUCAGUAUCUCAAUGGGAAAGGUCUUCUUCAUCUCCCGCCUCGGCUACUGUGGCCCCAACAUCAUGAACCACUUCUUCUGUGAUGUGUCCCCCCUGCUCAACCUCGCCUGCUCAGAUAUGUCUGUGGCAGAGCUCGUGGACUUCCUGCUGGCCCUGCUGAUCCUGCUGGGACCCCUGCUGCUCACCGGCUCCUCCUACGCUGCCAUCCUCAACGCCGUGCUGCGCAUCCCAUCGGCCACUGGCCGCAAAAAGGCCUUUUCCACCUGCGCCUCCCACUUGGCCGUGGUGGUCAUCUUCUACUCGGCCUCCCUCUUCAUCUAUGCCCGGCCACGUGCCAUCUACUCCUUUGACUACAACAAGCUGGUGUCUGUGGUUUACACAGUACUCACACCCCUUGUCAACCCCAUCAUCUACUGCUUACGGAACCAGGAGGUGAAGGAGGCACUGCGUAGAUUGGCACAGAGAGCAACCCAGGCCCUGAGGCCCUCUCCCUAG